AAUAAGGAUAACAAGCAGACACAUUGCGACAGGCAGUGCAAAGUUGUUAAUAUUGAAUGAAUCAAUUAUUUUAAUGCUCAAGCCUUGCGCAAAUAGUGAUACGUUUCGUGUAAAAUCGAAUGAGUUCAAGGCAAAAAUUUACUUAUGCAAAUAACGAGUGUAAAAUUUUAAACAAACGACAACAAAUUUUAAAUAAAAGGAAAAACUGAGUGUCAAUAGACUGCCAGCACGUGAUUGUUGGUUUAGAAAAAAGUGAUUUUUUUCUUCUGUGAAAAUUAUUUUCGAUUUUUCUGCAUUGCUUUGGCAUAAAAAAUUCAAAAUAUUAUAUAUAUAAAAAAUUAACACACAUACACACAAAUCAGUUAUGUGAAAAUAAGUUUCGCAAAAUACAAAAUAAAUUGAGAAAAAAUAAUCGAAUUCGUGGUCGGCCAGAAAGUUAGUAAGUUUGUUUGUGCCCCUUUUAUUUGUGGUUUCCCUAGCGAUACAAUUUGUGCAUUGUGUUUGUUGUUAGCAUGGCAACGUUUCUUUUCGACGACUCAAUUGGCUACACGCAGCUUUUUUAGUAGAGGAUAACGCAAGAGUAUUGACCGAAACCGAUUGAGUAAAAUCUAAACUUCGCCAAAAGGCAGUCAUCAAAAAUGCAAAUCCAUUUGAUUUUGCAAGUCAGCGAAUGGUAAUAAAAAACACAUAACUGCUAGGAGAAUAACACUCACGAAACUCUAGUGAGCCAGGCAGUCACUAGCAAGCAGCUCUAUUACAUGCACAGUGUCGAUAGUCGAAGAGAUAAAUCUAAGGACGUAACCAAUAAGGUGGGAGUAAACAGAGUAUCCCGAAAGGAAAUAAACAAUUUACGCAAAUGAUAAAAGUUAAUAAAACACUUAAGCGGAUUUUGCGACAGCAAUAACAAAACGCCAACAAAAAGCUCGGAAAAACCAGCAAAAACAGGUGGCGAACAAAAAAAAGAAUACAAGAAAAAAUAAAACUAAGAUAAACGAAACUGUGACAAGAAGGAAUUGUACAGCGUAAACGAACGGCAGGCAGCAGGAAACAUAAAAAAGAAGAGUAAAAAGAAAAUAUAUUGCAUUUUGUAAUAGCAAAGAAUAAUCAAUCAAUAGCGCCAGCAGAUAAGCAAUAAGAAAUAAGAGACAACGAGCCGAAGAGGGUGGAGCAAUUGAAAAAGCAACGAUUUAUAAAAAAAGUAGUGGCACCAAGGACAUAAAUAACUGCUGAAGUAACUGAUAGUGCGUCGGAAACAAAACAAAAAAAUACGGAAAACGAUAAAUACUUAGCGUUGGGAAUUGAGCUGGGAGUUCGCCUCUCUCCGCCCCAAAACUCUGGUGCUGUGCUCAGACCUUUAAUGCAAAUUACUUGAAAUAAUCUGCAGGGAGAUGACGAAAAAACGACGCUUGUUGACAGUGGCAGCAAAAGAAGUAGCGCAAAAUGCCUGCGCCAAUGUGAGUAGCGAAAGAAUUGUGAAUAUCAAGAGGCAGAGCGAGCAAAGUUGUGAUGAUGGUGCGCUAGUGGCGGUGCAGUCCGCUGCCGAUGCAGUGUCAGCUGUGCAGUUGAUCACGACAACGAUGGGGCCAAUUAAGAAUGCGCGAACAAGCAGUCAAUGCUACAACAAAAAUUAUUACAACAAUAAAAUCGUGAAUCGACCAAGUCAUAGCAAUAAAACACAUUGCGGUGUUGGCAACAACAACAUGAAUAGUUGCUACAGAAAUCAGUACCGGAGCGAAAGCGGCAGCAGUAAAUCCGAUUGCUGCGCCAAUUACAACAGCAAAAUGUUGACGACAUGUAGUGAAAAUGUUGGCACGCAAUAUGCAAUAUAUCCGCAGGGCACGGCUAACGACGAUGCGCUGGGUGGCAAGGAUCAACGAACUGUAAUAAGGCUGCUGCAGGAAAGUGAACUGCAGGCGGAAAAUGUGCUGCGGGAAGGUGGUGACGAUGAUGAUGAUACUGCUGCGUCAGCAUGGCGUCAGCCAAUGCGUAAUAAAAACAAACAAAAAGGCAACUACAACCACACAUAUGCACUAGCAAAGCGAACAGUGCUAACUAAGUACGCCACAGCAAUACCCCACUCGACGAAUCAGCAAAUUUAUAAUAUGGAGCAACGAGUCGGCCAACAAGCGAGCAAGCCACCACAGGAACAGGCACAGCAUCAGCAACAACACCAGUUGCAACAAAGUCAAGUGCUCAUUACACCGCUUAGUGAUCACCUGCAGGCCUCCACAUCGCAACCUAUGACAUCUUCGAAGGCCACACGUCCGUCAGCCGGCAAAGCUCAGCUGCGAAGUGCCAGUGCGAAGUCAACGACCAAAGUGGGUGCGAAGAAUGUUUUAAUCAAAUUUACAUGGGCAGCAAAAGCAAAAGCAUCAUCGGCUACAGCCAAAGCAACAACAACAACAGCAAGAAACCCUUUAUUGGCAGCUACAAAGACUAAAAGGGCGACAAAAAGUUUGAAAUCUGCAUUUGAGUGUCCAAGCACACGACCAAGCGCCUACACAUUGAACGAUGCCGCCGCGACUCUAGCAAACUGUGUGACCCCAGCAACAACCACAACAACAACUUCCACUAUAGCUUCAGUCACCCACACACCUGCACCAAUAACAACGGCAACAACAUUGAACACUUCAUGGGCAACAAUUUCUGAGCAACUACUUGCCACAAUUGAGCAGCUUUGCUGUCGUUCUUCAAAAUCUACUGCCAACAGCAACAACAAUAAUGCCAUAGCAUCCGGCUUUGUUUGGUUGUUGCCACUACUUUGCCUGUUGGCCGCAUUCGGUUGCGGCCAAGCUGGAUUUGCUUGCCUCAGUAAUCCUUGCGUUUUUGGUGUUUGCAUCGAUGGUUUAAAUAGCAGCUCGUAUUCGUGCUACUGCAUCGAUGGCUACACAGGAAUUCAGUGCCAAACAAAUUGGGAUGAAUGCUGGUCGGGGCCCUGCCAGAACGGUGGUACUUGUAUAGAUGGCGUCGCCUAUUACAACUGUACGUGUCCGGAUGGUUUUACUGGAAUCAAUUGUGAGGAAAAUGUCGAUGAAUGUAUGUCGAAUCCAUGUCAAAAUGGUGGACAUUGUCGUGACCGGAACAAUGGCUACACCUGCACCUGUCAGCCGGGCUACCUGGGUAUCAAUUGUGAAGUCGAUGUGGCUGUCUGCGAAACGGGCACUGGUGCGCGCUGUCAGAAUGGCGGUGAAUGCAUUGAGGGUCCCGGUCUGGAGUUCUCCUGCGAAUGUACUGCUGGCUGGCAUGGACGUAUCUGUCAAGAGGAGAUCAACGAGUGCGAAUCGGCGCCAUGUCAGAAUGGUGGUGUGUGUGUGGACAAAUUGGCAUCGUAUGUGUGCGCUUGUCCGAUGGGCUAUACGGGGAACAAUUGCGAAGAGGAGAUACUCAUUUGUGCCGACAAUCCAUGCCAGAACAAUGCGCUCUGUCUGAUGGAGGAAAGCAUACCGACGUGCUAUUGUGUGCCUGAUUAUCAUGGCGAAAAGUGCGAGUAUCAGUAUGAUGAGUGUCAAUUGGGACCGCGCUGUAUGAAUGGUGGCGUAUGCAUUGAUGGUGUUGACACGUUUUCCUGUUCGUGUCCGCCACUGCUGACGGGAAUGCUCUGUGAGUGCCUAAUGAUUGGUGAGGAUUCGUUGGAUUGCAAUUAUACAGUGGCCAUAUCGACAAUGCCACCGACUACAAUAGUGCGUCCAAUGAUAACGACAAGCGCUGCGACUAUAACAACAACAACGGAAGCAACACCGCACGUAUCUGUGGUAGGAGUGGUGACUACAACAACGCCAACGUCAGCAGUAUCUACUUCCGUCGAGACUGAAGAAACUGAAGAGGAGCAAGGCGAAGUAGGUGCUGAGAAAGGAAAACCACCACCUGAGCAGGUGACAAAAACUAGUAGCUCCAUCUCCACCUCUUCUGAAGAAAAGACGCAUACCACAGAGUCAUCACGUUCGUAUACCGCAGAGUCAGGCAGCAGCGUUGAGUCAUCCUAUUCCUCAGAAGGCAGCGCGUCAGUAGAAGUUGGCACUUCUGAUGAGUAUACCACAGUCGCACGCUUCGAUUCACGUAGUAGUCAAGAGGUUGUCCCCACAACAGCCAAAACAGCGAUCAGUGGUGCAGAAUCAGAUUACACGCCUCCCUCCUUACCGGUUUCCAAAAGCAUUGAAUCUGAAGAGCGGCCGAUUAUCACAUACUCCACGCGGCCGCCAUUCAAGCACUAUGUAACGACAAUCGAAACCACUUUCUCUAUUGAUGUAUCCACCGCACGUCCCACCUAUCGUCCAACAACAGCGAUACUCUAUCCCAGCAGCACAGUGCAUAUACUACCCGCAUACCCCGGUAAGUACCUGCCCACAGAGUAUCCAGAGUAUCCGGACCACGAAGUGACCACCACACCACAUCGUAUUUGGACGGACAAGAGCGUGCCCACUACAGCCGCACCAUUUUUCACCGAAUACCCCGAAGUUUCCGCCACCACACGCUACAAGGACUUCAGCACGGUAACAACAGCGCGACCAACUACUUACCCACCACCACCACCACUACCGUCGGUGACACCAGCAAUUGUGCAUGGUGGCACCACAUUACGACCACAAAUAGGCGCCGAAACAAGUUCUGUAACAGUGACACCAGCUGCUGGUGUGACCGCUGAGCGACCAGUUCAUCAUCAUCACCAUCAUCAUCACCACCACCACACCACACAUACGCCGCAAACUGGUGUCGAGGACCGUACUCAUCCACCACAUGCCACAGAGACGCAUUACCAUCAUGUCGAGCACACCACACAUCGUCCCUAUUAUCAUGUGGAUGAGGGCGCGUCAACAACAGCGGCGCCUCCCAAGGCGCCAACGAUAAUGGUCACCACAACACAUCCACUAUACACCGAAGAUUUGGUUAGUCAUACCACAACAUCGCGCCCAGCCACAACGACGGUCGCAGCAACUGCAGCGCCAACAACUAUCGUGCCCGAGCCAGAAUCGGCAGAAGAGACCACACAGCCGCCACCACAACCACCAACAUUGCCACCAUCAUCAUCAACACCAGCCGCAACAACACCACCUCCACCCACAUUAGCGCCAACAACUACACCCGUCGCGGUAGCAACUUAUCCACCACCAACUGAGCCAGCGCUCGCGCCUGUUACAGCCACACCGUCGUAUACCACGCUUCCACCACCGCCAGCACCAACAGCUCCUUCGCCAUCGGUGCCUGUUUACAGCACUUACACGCCGCCCAGCAUCAAGCCGAUUACUACAACAAUGGCUAGUAGCGAAGAAGUUGAAAGCUCAAAUACGGUGGCAACGGGUGGCGAAGCGGGCACUGCGCGUGGUGGAGCGACGCCUGUAGGUGGCGCUGGAGGCGUUGAUAAUGCCACAGAGGUGGACUGUAUAAAGAUGGGCUGCCACAAUGGCGGUACUUGCGUGACAACGUCCGAGGGAUCACGGUGCGUUUGCCGCUUUGACCGCCAAGGUGCACUGUGCGAGUUACCCAUCAUCAUCAAGAAUGCCGCCUUCUCGGGCGAUUCAUAUGUUUCGCACCGCAUCCACAAGGACAUACCGCAUCAUGAGUCAUUGGAUUCGGUGCUGCCGAUGCAUGUGCAACUGAAGGUGCGCACACGUGCCACAAAUGGUCUGAUAAUGCUGGCCGCUGCUCAGGGCACUAAAGGCGGUCACUAUAUGGCCCUGUUCCUACAAAAGGGUCUACUACAAUUCCAAUUUUCUUGUGGCUUGCAAACGAUGCUGCUGAGUGAGCUUGAGACACCGGUGAAUACGGGCAAUGAAAUUACCAUUCGAGCGGAAUUGGAUUUCAGUCGCAAUUACACGCAUUGCAAUGCAUCCCUGCUGGUCAAUGACACGCUCGCCAUGUCCGGUGAUCAACCUACUUGGCUGAAAUUAUUACCGCCGCGCAUGCAUACACCGGAGGUGAUCCUCAACACGUGGUUGCAUUUGGGCGGGGCUCCUCAGGCACCGAUUGGUCUCAUUAUUGAACUGCCACCAGCCCAGAGUGGCACCGGAUUCACUGGCUGUUUGCAUUCGCUGCGAAUAAAUGAGGAAACGCGCGAGAUAUUUGGUGACGCUUUGGACGGCUUUGGUAUCACCGAAUGCGGCUCGCUCGCCUGCUUGUCAAGUCCGUGUCGCAAUGGCGCUGCAUGCAUCAAAAUCGAAACCAAUGAAGUAGACGAAAAUGGUGAGAAGGCAGAAAAAUGGAAGUGUAAAUGUCCCACAGGUUAUAUGGGUCCAACCUGUGAGAUAUCUGUCUGCGAGGAUAAUCCGUGUCAGUAUGGCGGCACUUGUGUACAAUUCCCAGGCAGCGGCUACCUUUGCCUGUGUCCGUUGGGUAAACAUGGACACUACUGCGAGCACAAUUUUCCUCCCCACACGGUUUCCCCUGCUACAAUUAAAAAUCUUACAGAUCUCGAGGUCGCCCUACCAUCGUUUUCGGGCAGCGUCAAUGGUCUCUCUUCGUUUGUCGCCUACACCGUACCCAUUCCACUCGAAUACUCGAUCGAGUUGAGCUUCAAAAUACUACCGCAGACGAUGUCACAAAUAUCACUACUCGCCUUCCUAGGACAGACAGGUUAUCAUGACGAGAAGAGCGAUCAUCUGGCGAUCAGUUUCAUACAGGGUUACAUAAUGCUUACUUGGAAUUUGGGCGGUGGACCGCGUCGGAUAUUUACACAGAAACCAAUUGAUUUUAGAUUGGAUGCGCCACGCGUACCCUAUGAGAUCAAAGUUGGCCGCAUUGGACGACAGGCUUGGCUCUCUGUGGAUGGUAAAUUCAAUAUCACAGGCCGUUCGCCGGGUAGUGUAAACCGUAUGGAUGUUAUGCCGAUUCUUUACUUGGGAGGGCAUGAAAUAGCGAAUUUCAACACAUUGCCACACGAUCUGCCGCUGCACUCAGGCUUCCAGGGUUGUAUUUACGAUGUGAAUUUGAAAGCGGGACAGGUGACGGUGCCGCUGCAAGAAACACGUGGUGUGCGCGGACGCGGUGUGGGACAAUGCGGUACCAGGGAGUGUCACCGACAUGCUUGUCAACACGAUGGCGCGUGCUUGCAACAUGGUGCAACUUUCACCUGUAUUUGCCAGGAGGGCUGGUACGGACCUCUUUGCGCGCAGCCAAUCAACCCAUGCGACUCAUUCAACAAUAAAUGCGCGGAGGGUUCAACGUGUGUACCGCUCGUGAAUGGUUACGAGUGCGAUUGUCCAGUGGGCAGAACUGGCAAAAAUUGUGAUGAAGAUAUUCGUUCGCUAAGCGAUGUCUCACUUACCGGACGUCGCUCGUAUUUGUCUGUACGCUGGCCCUACCUAUAUGACAGCUCUGAUAAGCUGGGCUCCAAACGUUCACAAAUCAUCAGCUAUCGAAACUUCACGAAGAAACUAAUGCCACCGAAACCCAUCGCCUCUUCGAAUCAGCACUUCGUUAUGAAGCUGCUCAACGAAGUGGAAAAACAACGCAAUUUCUCACCUGUACCUCUCAUGGGCUCGAAGACGUUCGAGGAGCAUCAUCGCGUACAAUUCUUCUUCAUCGAGUUCCAAUUGCGCCCACUCUCCGAACGUGGUCUUCUACUCUACUUUGGCACCCUGAACAACAAUCUGGAUAAGAAAGUCGGUUUCGUUUCACUCUCGCUACAAGGAGGCGUUGUAGAAUUCCGCAUAUCGGGUCCCAAUAGCCACGUGACGGUAGUGCGAAGCGUGCGUAUGCUCGCAAUUGGCGAAUGGCAUAAGAUUAAAAUGGCGCAACGUGGACGCUGGCUAACGCUGUGGGUUGAGGGUAGUGCAUCGUCUGCGCUGGCACCUUCUGCUGAGGUGCUUGUGGAGCCCGAUUCACUGCUUUAUAUUGGCGGACUGAAAGACUUAUCAAAACUGCCACACAAUGCUAUUUCUGGCUUCCCCAUACCAUUCCGUGGCUGCGUACGCGGCCUGGUGGUGAGUGGUACGCGUAUUGUGCUGAACGAAACUAAUAUUAUUGAUUCACGAAACAUUCGCGACUGUGAUGGCACUGCGUGUGGCGGUGAUUCUUGUGAAGCGGGUGGCCACUGUUGGCUCGAUGAAAAGCUGCAGCCUCAUUGCAUUUGUCCCGAAUAUGCGAAGGGCGAUCGAUGUGAAUAUUCAGAGAGUUGUAAACUGAUACCUUGCAAGAAUAAUGGACGCUGUUUGCGUAGCGGACGUUGUUCGUGCCCCAAUGGCUGGGGUGGAUUCUACUGUGAAAUCGCCAUGAGUAAGCCCACUACGCCAAGCUUCCGUGGAAAUAGUUACCUGAUCUUGCCACCGCCCCGCAUACCAAUGAAAGACAAACGUCGCGGCCCAUCAAUGUACGUCCGACCACGCGAAGCCAUUCAAGUUUCGCUAAAUUUCUCCACAAUCGAACCUGAUGGCCUACUGCUGUGGAGCGAGCAUGAUCGUAAUAAAUUUUUGGGUUUAGGCUUGGAAAAUGGUCAUUUGAAAAUGGCUAGCAAUUUGUUGGAUUCAAGUAAUGAUACAGUGCAGAUGCCGUCGACUGGUUUCAUUGCGGAUGGCAGUUGGCAUUUGGCAAAGGUCAUGAUGGAUCGCAAUCGUUUGGAGUUGCAGUUGGACGGUGAAGUGAUAUUCUCUGAAAAGGUAUUGGAUACGGUGGGCACAGGCGCGGCACUGUCCACCACGGAGCGUACGAUGUUAACGACGCGUCGUUCGUUUGCGACGCGACGGGGUAAAGAGCCAUCAAUUACCUACGAAGAUGUGUUCUAUUUGGGUGGCUUCCCCAACCAAGAGCUGGUGAGUGAACGCACACUCGGCCGUUUCAACGAACCAUUCAAAGGCUGUUUGCAGGAUAUACAAUUCGGCGCUGAACCCAAUGCGGUCAUUACUGACUUUUCGCCAUACAAAGGUGAGAAUAUUGGUUCAUGUGAUCUGCAUGGAGACGAACCGAUGGUUGUUGUAUAGGAACGGAAAG